CAAUUCACAUUCCCCACUUUCUCCAUCUCCCCAUCUCUCCAUCUCUCUCCCCCCAUAAAAAGAGAGAGAAACAGAAAAUGUUGGUCUAGAAAAAAGAAGUUGAACAGAGAUUUGGAAGCUCUGGUGAUGUUCAGAACUUAAAGAAAAAUAAUGAGUUUGUGGUAUUAAUUAUUAAGUAAAGCAAAGUGUAGAAGAAGAUGACAACAAGGAAUGGAGAAGAAGAACAACACCAUACAUCAAUAAGAUUACCCCCAUCAUCAACAGCAACAGCAACAGCAAAUAAUCAUCAUCAUCCCCCAAAUCACAGCAACAGGUAUUACCCAACUCAUAACUACCCAACACAUUCAACAUCAUCAUCCAGAGCGUCAUUCAAAGGCUGUUGUUGUUGUUUAUUUCUUCUCUUAACAUUUCUAGGUUUGCUAGUACUUGCUGUAAUACUAAUCAUAGUUUUAGCAGUAAAACCCAAAAAACCUCAAUACGAAUUACAACAAGUUAGUGUUCAGUAUGUUGGUAUAGCAGCAGCAACAUCAGGUGGUGCAAUAUCAAGUAACAGUAUAGUGCCAUCAGCAUCAUUAUCGUUCAAUAUCAAGAUGAUUUUCACGGCUGUAAAUCCUAAUAAGGUAGGGAUUCAAUAUAGUCCGACUCAGUUUGAUGUUAUGUAUAGAGGUGUUCCUCUUGGAAGAGCUUCGAUUCCUGGAUUUGAUCAGCCUGCUCAUAGUGUUAGACAAGUUCAGACUACUAUUAGUGUUGAUAGAGUUAAUUUGCUCCAAGCUGAAGCUACUGAUUUGGUUAAAGAUGCCACUCUUUAUGAUCGUGUUGAGCUUAGGAUUACUGGUGAUGUCGGUGCUAAGAUCCGUCUUCUGGGUAUCACUUCCCCUAAGGUUAAGAAAUUUCUUCGUCUUGAUGGGGAGAUACUCUACCAACACCUUCUUGCAACCACCUUCUUACAACAAAUAGAUCCUGCCGUAUUUUUGGAGUAUUGCCGUAUGUGGCUGUGUCCAUACGGCCGGACACACGAUACGGCGACCCAAUGGGCGUAUUGGUGCAACCCAGUGCAGUGAGGAUAGUGUUGAGAAACUUACAAAAUAUCCCUAUCCAAAAUUUCUUUCCGCAUUCUCUGGUUACAAUUGCAAAUUGCCAAGUUUGUCUAACCUUGAGCAUCUUGUGUGUGUUUGUUUGUUUGUGGUGUGAUGAAUGGUAUAGGUAUCAGUGGACUGUGCAAUAGUGAUUAGCCCAAGGAAGAAUUCUUUGACAUACAAACAAUGUGGUGUCGACGGGUUGAAUGUCUAGUGAAGAAAGCAUCUCAAGAUUCUCAAUGUGUUCCUAAGCUGCAUCAUCAACUUUGGAUUGGAAUUUUUAACAACCUUUUAUUUAGAGAGAAAAAGAAAAAGAAGAAAGAAAGGGGAAAACCCUUGUUCUACCACCUUAUGUUGUCCACUUUGUGAGCAAAGUGAAUCAAAAGGUCGAUAAAAAUGAAAGUAAAGAGAGACAGAGAGGAAAAAAAGAAAGAAAGGAAGCUCUCUGUUGAAUAGGAGUAUUUCUCAUGAUUUGGGAAAUGCAAACUUUUUUUUGCCCAUCUUAUUAUUAUUGUUUAUUUAUUUAUUAUUGCAAAACUAGUGAAUUGUUCCUUGCCUUUAGUAUAUAGUAUAUCCAAGUGCUGGUUUAUUCUUA